CACUGCGCCACCAGGGAAACCCAUAUUUGUGUUUUUUUAACCACUAAAUUUGUGGUUAUUUGUUACAGCAGCAACAGGAAACUAACACAGACAUCCAGUUCAGACCUGAGGGGAAAGACGGGGAGGUCUGGGGCCACUAAAGCCCCAUUUCCUGAGACACCGCCCCCAUCUCCAGCCUGGUGAAAGCAGAGGUCAGGGCCUCAGGUCUUCCAGACACUCCAGCCAAUAAGACUGGUCGCGGAGGGAGGGGAAAGGGCAGUGGGGGAAAUGCCCUGCCUCUACCUAGCAGGGUGAGGGGGUGGAGUGGAAUGAGAGGUCCCACUCCUCCAGGACACUUUCGGGGCCCCAUCUUCUCACCACCCCACGCCCAUCUAGAUCCUGAAAAAGACUGACCACACUUCCUCUGCACUCUAGCGACCAAAGGCUCCCAGACAAACUCCUUCCCCUGAAGGGAGUGGGAUCCCUGUUCACCACCCAUCCCACCUCAGGUCAUUUAGGGCUCAGGCAGGGCGGGGCCUAAGGCACACUGACUGACUGGCGGGCUCUUCACCUUGUCUACCCUGCCUCCUCCUUCCCUUGAUAGGCACAGGUGUCACUUGGGAGCAAGGUCCAGGCUCAGGCUCAGGCUCUGUCUUUGGACACAACGUUCAAGACCGUGAAACAACAAGACCGACCCUCCCUCCGCCCACAAAUAUCUUCCUUUCCUUCCCCACUUACAGAUGCUUCGAAGUCUAAGACGCUCCCACAAGAGCUCUCCGCAGGGACGCCGUGCGGGCCCUGGGAGAGUGCUCAUCCUCUACGGGGUUGCACGCUGGGUGAGAGCAGGCUGCGGACCAGGAGGGCCUUUACUCCAGCCUCUCCGUCAAGGUUGCGUUCACCAGCCUCCAUUGGCGUAGCCCCUGCAGUCUGACAGUAAUCACUAUAGAAAUAGUGACAGUGGGUGGUUAGGACUCCUCGCUUCCACUGCAGGUGACACGUGUUGGAUCCCUGGUCGCGGAACUAAGAUCCCGAAAGCCUCACGGCUGGGCCAAAAAACAAACAAACAAACAAACAAACAAAGGUUACUGUGGGUGCAGAGUAGGGACGAGGCCUAGGCGAAACCGCCCUCCGUCAGAUAAUCACAAUAGAGGCUGGCACGCGCCGCGCUCCCCCAGCCUUGAGCCAGUCACCUAUCUGAAUACAUUAGAUACGUUAACCCUAGAGGGAGUACUAUUACGAACCCAACUGAGCUGCGGAAUCUGCGCUCUCCAACGCCUCAUUGCUGUCUGUGUCUAUUGAGCCGGCAAACCUGUAAACCUGGGCGCUGCCCUGCGCUCCCCCGCGGUCAGACCGCAGCGCCGGGGCCGGACAGGGGGCGGAGACUCGGCCCUGAAAUCCGCGAAAGCUCCCAGGAGCAGGGGACGGAGCUGGGCCUCAGUCUGCAGAGGAGCUGCGGAAGGUGGAGGCGCAUUCCUAGACGGGCACAGCGCGUGCCAAGGCCGCCAGGGGUGAAGAGCCAGGUGCGGAGCCGUCUACCAGACGCGGGCGGAGCAGGCUUUAGCUCUGCGCCCGGGAAACCUGGCCCUCGCGCCUCAGCCGCGGGGAGCCCCGGGCGCCCCGCCCCGCGCGGAGCCCUUCGGUUCCGGGAGCGCAUGGUCGGCUCCGCGCCCUUCCAGGGCCACGACCAGGGCCGGGCAGGGGCGGAGCCGCGGCCUCCGGGAGCUGGGUCCCUGCCCCCGCCAUUCUUUGCUGACCGGAGCGCAACGAGGUACUGUCCCCCGCGUCCGUCCGACGGCCCCGCUCGGCGCUUUAAAAACCCGCCCGGCUGCAGCGGCGGCGGCGGCGGGAGGCGCGACCGAGCCCCGGGCCCGCGCCCCAACGGCCAGCCAGAGCAGCCCCAUGGAGGAGCAGGUGGCCCUGGUGAUUGGGGGCAUCCUUGGGGGACUGCUGCUACUGCUGCUGUUGAUGGUGGUGAGACGGUGUCUCUGGAAGAGGCUUUGCGCCACGUUCGCCUAUGAGGAGCUGUCAGGGACCACGGCUGCCUCCAGCACACAGGGACACAAGCUCUGCCCACCGGAUGCCAGGACCCAGGCGAGCAGGCCACCAGGUGUACCAUUCGUGGUGCCCCCUUCCCUCCAAAGCCAAGACUGGGUGCCCCUGAGCAGCAGAGAGUGGGCCCAGGCCCCACAGGACCCCUGCCCAGCCCCGGAGCUCCUGCCUCAUGCCACCCACAGCAAUCUUGGAGACGCAUGCGUGGUGGGGACCAUCAAUCCAGAGCUCUACAAGAUCCUGGAGGACAAAAGUGAGACCCACUUCCCUGAGGGCUGCCUGGGGCGGCUGUGGUUCUCUGUGGAAUACCAGCAGCGGGCCGAGCGACUGCUGGUGGGCCUGAUCAAGGCACAGCGGCUGCAAGCCCCCUCAGAGCCCUGUAGCCCCCUGGUGAAGCUCCACCUGCUACCGGAUGAGCGGCGCUUCCUCCAGUCCAAGACCAAACGCGGAACAACCAGCCCACAGUUCGACGAGCACUUCAUCUUUCAGGUGCCCAGCAAGAGUGUCACCCAGAGGGUGCUGAGGUUCUCGGUGUACCACGUGGACAGGCAGAGGAAGCACCAGCUCCUGGGCCAGGUGCUGUUCCCCCUGAAGACGGAGACCCUGGCGGGCGACUGUCGGCGCAUCAUCUGGAGAGACCUGGAGGCUGAGAGCCUGGAGGUAGAGCCUCCCUCCAAGUUUGGCGACCUCCAGUUCUGCCUCAGCUACAACGACUGCCUGAACCGCCUCACGGUGAUCGUGCUGCGAGCCAAGGGCCUCCGACUCCUCCAGGAUGACACGAGCUUUGUCAGUGUGCUUGUCAAGGUGUCUCUGAUGAACCACAACAAGUUCGUCAAGUGCAGGAAGACUUCGGCUGUGCUGGGCUCCGCCAACCCUGUGUACAGCGAGACCUUCAGCUUCAAGGCCGACCCUGCCGAGCUGGACACGGCGAGCCUCAGCCUGGCAGUGCUGCAGAGGGCCGACGGGGACAGGAGCUGCGAGUUGGGCCAGGUGGUGGUGGGCCCCUACAUGUACGCCCGAGGCAAAGAGCUGGAGCACUGGAACGAGAUGCUUAGCAAACCCAAGGAGCUGGUGAGGCGCUGGCACGCGCUCUGCCGCACCACUGAGCCCUGACCCCGGCAGGGACCUCGGGUCUGCUCCAGGAGCCCUAUCUCCCCACAGCCAGGCCUGACAGCCACAGGCCUGGACGCCGCAUCCAGCAUUCUCACUGGGCUGCAGGACCAGCCCGAGCCGGGGGAUCACGAGUGCCGAUGUGCAGGAGAGAAGAGACGACAAGAGAGCCCCUGCCAGGACAGUGUUGCAGCCGCUGGGUUACAUCUCACCAGCAUGAGAGGCCCUCCUGACUCAUUCCAUCCUUCUUUACCCGUGGGGCUGCCUGGGCUUGGAAUCCUGGCUCCUGGUCAUCCCAGUCUCGAAUUGGACCGGAAUCUCAGGCAUUGGGAAGAAAUACUCUCUAGAGUGAAAGCAUAGCUGUGCACGUUGCAUGGAGUGCCAGGGAAACUUGGAAAACUGAUGAUGUGUUGAUGCUCAGCCUCCACUUUUUUCCUCUGUGGUUUCUCUGCCUUCUGCCUGGUGGAGAAAAUGAACUGCCCAAAGUGUUUAUUUCGGUUGGUCCACAAUAAAUAGCACAAUCUGAGAAACUGGAUCAGCAUGUAGGUGCGGAACAGUCCCCAGGAUGCCUGGGCAGCACGGCUUGGGAGAAAAGGCUUCUGGGGCUCGCGACUCACUCGCUUCACACCUGCAGGAGAAAGCAGCCCACCCAGGCAGUGAAGCAACUUCUGCAAAAGCAAGUAGUGAAUGUUGACGUCGGUUUGUGCCUCUUUGACUUCACCUCCAUUGUCUGCCAAUGCACAAAUAUAAGCUUUGCUGGUGGUGGUCCAUACGCACAGAA